AUGGAUUUCUCACCACCAAAGGAGCCCAUGACCGAACUCGGUCGUUAUCGGAUUCUCUCCAGCACAGCAGGUGUUCGCGUGUCUCCGCUUGCACUUGGUGCCAUGUCCCUCGGGGAUGCAUGGUCUUCAAUGAUGGGUUCUAUGGACGAGGAGCAGUCUUUCAAACUCUUGGAUGCAUUCACUGAUGCGGGCGGAAACUUCAUCGAUACGGCCAACAAUUAUCAGAACGAGGAGUCUGAGAAAUAUAUCGGCAGGUGGAUGGCUGAACGAGGAAACCGAGAUCUUCUGUUUAUUGCCACGAAAUUCACUAAUUCCUACCGCACACAUGAGCUCGGCUCUGGCAAGACGGUGAAUUAUGGAGGCAACCAUAAAAAGUCUCUUAGAUUGUCUGUUGCCGACUCGCUUCGCAAGUUACAAACGGAGUAUAUCGAUCUUCUCUACGUCCAUUGGUGGGACUGGACGACCUCAAUCGAAGAACUUAUGGACUCUCUCCAUAUUCUUGUUGAGCAGGGCAAAGUGCUAUACCUGGGCAUCUCAGAUACGCCGGCCUGGGUUGUAUCUGCUGCUAAUGUCUACGCUAAGACUCAUGGCAAGACUCCUUUCUCUGUUUAUCAGGGCCGCUGGAACCUAAUGCUGCGCGACUUCGAGAGGGAUAUCAUUCCGAUGGCGCGUCAUUUCGGCAUGGCCCUUUGCCCAUGGGAUGUUCUCGGAGGGGGUCAGUUGCAAACCGCGAAGCAACUUGAGACGCGUCAAAAAUCCAACGAUGGAGGUCGCAGCAGCAGCCAGAAUGAGGAGGCUCGCAAGGUCAGCGCGGCCUUGGAGAAGGUAGCUUCCGAGCAUGGAACAGACAGUAUUCAGCAGAUUGCCCUUGCCUACGUAUUGCAAAAGGCGAGGAAUGUGUUUCCAUUAAUCGGCGGUCGCAAGAUCGAGCAUCUGCAUGACAAUAUCAAGGCUUUGAGUAUCCAUUUGACGGACGAGCAGAUAAGUUAUAUCGAGAGCAUUAGGCAGUUUGAUAUUGGGUUUCCGCUGAACUUUAUCGGCGACGAUCCCAAGGAAACUGGCUCGCAAGCCCCGAUAAUGGAAGUUCUAACUGGUGCAAAGAUUGCCUGGCAGAAUGCUCCCAAAGCCGUUGGUCAUAAAUAA